UAUCCACGGGACUGCAAGAGAGAGACUAAAUCGUGAGGUCCUUGUUCGCAGAGGAGUGAACACCUUGUGUUCUCUUAUUUUUCUCCUUAAUUAUUUCACUAUUUUAUUUAUAUUUCAAUUAUUUUUUCUAAGAUAUUUUGGUUAUCUCUCUUAAUUUACUUCUAUUUUUCUUUCUGAUUUUGCUCUGUUUAAUAUCUCUAGUUUUAAAGGGAGAACCAGAACACAAAACCCUUAUUAUACAUCGUUCUGGUCUCCAAUGGCGAGUUGGGUCUUAUCAGAAUGUGGUAUUAGACCCCUCCCUCAAAAUUUUCCACGACCCAGAACUGGACUCAUCUCUAACACCACCACUAACCCACCAAAGACCAGAUUUUUCCAUUCAAACAAGAAAGUAACAGAUCUAAAGUUCCCUUCAGUCUGUCUUCCAAGUGGGUGUUCUAGAGAGAGAAGAUGGGUGCUAAAAGUGAGUGCUCCAUUGAAGGUUGCAUCUGUAGAUGGGGAUGAGAGAGGAGAGAGAAUCAAUGGUGUCAAUGGGGUUGAAGAUGAAGCCGAAUUCGACCCCGGAAUGCCACCGCCGUUCAAAUUGGCCGAUAUUCGGGCCUCUAUUCCGAAGCAUUGUUGGGUGAAGGACCCAUGGAAGUCUAUGAGCUACGUUGUGAGGGAUGUUGUGGUUGUCUUUGGUUUAGCAGCGGCUGCAGCUUAUCUCAACAAUUGGCUUGUUUGGCCUCUUUAUUGGGCUGCCCAAGGCACCAUGUUCUGGGCUCUCUUUGUUCUUGGUCAUGACUGUGGGCAUGGAAGCUUCUCAAACAAUCCCAAGCUAAACAGUGUGGUUGGGCAUCUUCUACAUUCUUCAAUUCUUGUGCCCUACCAUGGAUGGAGAAUUAGCCAUAGGACUCAUCAUCAAAAUCAUGGUCAUGUUGAGAAUGAUGAAUCGUGGCAUCCGUUGUCUGAAAGAAUUUACCAAAAAUUAGAUGGCAUUACGAGAAAUUUGCGGUUUGCGGUGCCUUUCCCAAUGCUUGCUUACCCCUUCUACCUGUGGGGUAGAAGUCCUGGAAAAACUGGUUCUCACUUUGACCCAAACAGCAAUUUGUUCGUCCCUACUGAGAGGAAAGAUGUGAUCACUUCCACUGUAUGUUGGACAGCAAUGGCUGCUUUGCUUGUGGGACUAUGUUUUGUAAUUGGUCCUGUUCAAGUGCUUAAACUCUAUGGUGUUCCAUAUUGGGGUUUUGUAAUGUGGCUGGAUUUCGUUACUUACCUGCAUCACCAUGGCCAUGAAGACAAACUUCCUUGGUAUCGCGGAAAGGAAUGGAGUUAUCUAAGGGGAGGAUUGACUACUAUUGAUCGCGACUAUGGAUGGAUUAAUAACAUUCACCACGACAUUGGAACUCAUGUGAUACACCAUCUCUUUCCUCAAAUCCCUCAUUAUCACUUAAUUGAAGCAACAGAGGCAGCAAGGCCAGUGCUCGGAAACUACUACCGGGAACCCAAGAAAUCAGCUCCUCUACCAUUCCACCUGAUUGGAGAACUGAUAAGAAGCUUGAAAAAAGACCACUAUGUCAGUGACACAGGGGAUGUUGUGUACUACCAAACUGACCCGAAACUCAGUGGCUCUUCUAAAUCAGAAUGAAGCAGUCAAUCUGUACAAGGGAAGGUCUUCAAGCUACUUGAAUUGGAUAGGCUUGCACAAUGACUACAACAGCGGUCGCAGCAUCCUCUUUGGCUACUUCAAAUUUCUGAUAGUGAAGGAGAAAGAGAUGGCCGACAAAAUGAUAAUGCUGCUUAUUUUAAAACGCCGGUAGAAGACAUAUGAAGCAGGUAUUUUCAACAUUAGUGCUUUAGUAGUGAAGGAAAGAUGUAUAUUUAUGUUUCAUGAGGAGGUGAUUCAUCUCUUCAUGAUAUGUAUCAUGUACUAUUGAGAUUAAUAUUUACAAUAGAAAGAAAUUGAGGGAAA